CGUAAUUUACCACAUUGUCCGGGAAAUUUCCAGUAGCUCGUCCAGUUACUCCACCUACAGACGUGCCACCGGACAGCUCCGGUAGUUUAUCCAGCAAACUAUUCAGCGCAACACCGCUAGCGUAAGGUCAACCUGUCCCUUGCCAAGAACCGUCAAAUUUCAUACGCGUGUCUUCCUCUGUGCCUCGAGUUCCCAGGCCGCCAUGUCCAAAUUGGAUCUGCCCCCGAGCUACGAUGACUGGCCUGGUCCUCAGGCUGGGUCUCACCCGCAGCCACCACCGUACCCUCCCCCUGCCUAUGAAGACCAGGCGCAGCCUGCCCCGUACCCGCCGUACCCACCAUAUCCAGGGACGUACCCCCCUGGACCCCAGCCUCAGCAUCCCACACCGUACCCAGCCCAACCAGGCCUGUACCCUCAGCCUUGGCGGGGUGGGGACCUAGGGUACCAAACCCCCAGAAUGCCACACAUCAUGCCCCCAGUGAUUCCUCCAGUGACACCUACCACCCACCCAAACUCCGGAGACGCCGAGGGGUUCGCCUCGGCUGGCAGCUGGAACAGCACGGCCGUUCGGCAUGCAUUCAUCCAAAAAGUUUACCUUAUUUUGGCGGCUCAACUUCUCGUCACAGUCUCCAUUGUGGCAGUUUUCACAUUUGUGGAACCAGUUCGCCUGUUUGUGGUCAGAAACCCAGGCGUGUAUUGGGCGUCAUACGCUGUGUACUUGGUGUGCUACAUUGUACUGGCCUGCUUUGAAGGACCAAGGAGACGCUUUCCAUCAAAUCUGAUAUUCCUUGCAGUUCUCACACUGGCCAUGUCCUACAUGACAGGAACAAUAUCGAGUUAUUAUGACACAAAAGCAGUGUUUCUGGCUCUUGGAAUCACACUGAUAGUGUGCAUCAUAGUCACUGUCUUCUGCUUUCAGACCAAGGUGGAUUUUACUAAAUGCAGAGGUCUUUUCUGUGUCCUCGCUAUGGUCUUCGUAGUCACAGGAAUAAUCUCCAUCAUUGUGCUCUCAUUUCAUUAUGUCCCGUGGCUCGAUAUGCUUUUGGCAGCCGUAGGCACCAUUGUUUUCACCUUGUUCUUCGCCCUCCACACCCAGCUUCUGAUAGGAAACCGCAAGCACUCCAUUAGCCCAGAGGAGUACGUCUUUGCUGCACUUUCCAUCUACCUCGACGUCGUCCAGAUCUUUCUGUUCCUCCUGCAGAUCAUUUCGGUGUCUUCGAGCAAUGACUGAAGUACAGACGCGUUCGUUUUAUUUAUUCGUGUUUAUUCGGAUGUUUCUCUAAAGUGUGUUCGUGAUAUUGAGGAAAUAUGCUCUGGAUGUGCUUGGCAAGAUCCAGCUUCUGAUCCUGCCAGGAUAACUAUUGAUCAGUGGAAAACAAUUUUAUUACUUCUUACUGGAGAGAUGAUUUAUUUAUCUUGAUAUCCAAAUUGGAAAGUGAUGCGUGUGUGUUUAUGUGUGUGAGAGUGCGUAUGUAUGUAUAAUUAUAUACAGUUGCAAGAAAAGGUUUGUGAACUCUUUGGAAUUACCUGGAUUUCUGUAUUAACUGCUUAAAUGUGCUCUGAUCUUCAUCUAUCACAAUAAUAGACUAACAAAAUCUGCUUAAGGUUAUAAUAUACUUCUUCAUGUCAAUACUGAAUGGAUGAUUUAAACAUUCACAGUUGAGGCUGGAAACAAUGUGUGAACCUCGAGGCUAAUGGCCAGAAGCUAAUUGGAGUCAGGUGCUCAAAUCAGUGAGUUUGGAGGUGUGGAUUGGAGGUGCCUUGCCCUUUAAAAAGGUACACAAAGUUUGGUUACUGACAGAGUUUGUAUAUAUAGUGCCCUUCAUAUGUACAUUUUCAGAAAUGUAGUUUCUAAAUUAAGAAAGUCAAGAAAGUGAAAUGCUAAUUGUUUUGUUCUGUACUGUACUGUUUUAUUGUGGUGCAUGUUCAGCUUGCAGUGCCUGAUCUGUUGCCCUAUCGUAAUUUUAUUAAAUAAUUAAAUUUUAAAUGGCUUUCAUUUAAAGGCGGGAAUAUGUAUAGUGAUUAAAUAUUUGGUCAUGACCUUUUUUUUAAUUGUAAUUCUUCAUGCAUGUAGUUAUAGAAAGUAGUGAGAAGCUUAUUUCAGGCUAUUUAUUUCAAAGAGAUAUCAUAUGAUUUCAUUGUGACCUUUCAAGAUAUCGUUACAUACAAAAUUAGAAACAUUGACCUGGUCCAGCAUAUAUAAAUAUUACUCUCUUAAAUUAAAAUAAAACCACCUUGCUAUCAAAUUUACAUGUUAGAGGUUUAAAGAAAUGGGAACAUAAAAACAUGAGCAAGGAGCACCUGUUCUUUGUACAGAAAUAAAAGCUUUACGUUUACCUAACCUUUAGCCUUCCUAAGCGGAGUGCGUUUAAAACGUGUGCAAGCAAUUAGCCCCGCAGUGUUAUUAUGGAUAAUUAAAAAGUCUUAAAUGUUUCAUUCCUGUUAGUAAUUUGAAAAAUGCCUGGAGAAAGGACAGCGAGAAAGUCACUCUUUCAGUUUAAGUGGGCAAAUUGUUGGCAUGCCAGAAAAUAAUGGGAAAAAUGAGGCUUCAUGAAAUCCAAAGAUUAUCAACGGCGACUCAGCAAUCUGAAUUCAUCAGUGUUCUACUGUGGAGUACUAUGAAAUAAGUCUAUGUAUUAACUUCUGUGUUAGUUUAUAGCAGAACGUGGUGGCUCCUCCCACAUUCUGUCCAUGGUGCCAUUCUCUCGCACCAUCAGCAGGAACUGAUAUGUGGUCAAUCGUUUGGGUCGCUCCCUCCUGUUGCAACUCGGCUGCCCCCGAGCUCUUCAGGUCCAGCGUUUGUCAGGUUGAUGUAGCCCGGAAAGAGAAAACAAUUAUUCCAUUUGGGUACAAUUGCCAGCCAAUUACUGGGCCAACUGAAUCAGAACCGUAUAGCAAUGAGGAGUAAUGGAAACAGCGU